AUGGUGAGGAAGGCAUGGAAUGCCCCGGUUAGGGGGGAUGCUAUAUAUCGGGUGUCCCGCAGGUUGGAGUUGACUAGGAGGCGGUUGCAGAGGUGUAACCGUAAGGAAGUAGGGAACAUUUUCAGAAAGACGGAGGAGGAAGAGGAGGUCAUUGCCAGGUUACAGUCUUUGGAGGUACAGCGGGGAGGACUAUCGGAGGAGGAGAUGGGGGAGCUCAGAUCACAUUUGGCCUUACAUAACUCUCUUCUCAGACAGCAGGAGAUACUGUGGAGAAAGAAAUCUAGGGUACAGUGGAUUUUGGAGGGAGAUCAAAACACCAGGUUCUUUCAUCAGGCGACGGUGAUCAGGAGGCACCAGAACAGGAUCAGAGUCAUCAAGGAUGAGGAUGGGCAGCAAUCAGAUGAUCAUGUUGUGAUUCGGAGGGUGGUGGAGGGUUUCUUCAGAGCUAGGUGGACGGAGCUGACCGGGGAGGGGAGUCGAGUAGUGAUGUCGUUGCCAGCGGUUUGGGUGUUGGAGGAGGAGACUGCAGCUUUGAUCAGGCCGGUAUCGGAGAGGGAGAUCAGAGAGGCGGUGUGGUCCCUCGAGGGGGAUAAGGCGCCAGGGCUAGAUGGUUUUCCACUCGUGUUCUUUCGAAGAUAUUAG